GUUGUUAAGUUUCUGUUUGGGAUGUUUGUAUCAAAAUUAAGUGGUAGUAUAGUGAUAUUAGAAGACCUUCUAAAAUGAUAUUAGCCAACGGUUAAGAAGUCGGACACGUCUAGAAUGGAAGGCAGAAGGCCACCAACAGCACUCUACCGACCAAAAUCUAGAACAGACUCAAGUAGUGUUAGUGGAGGUAGGACGGAUAGCGGUCGGUUGCGUGGGGAUGGCGGCGGAGGAAGCAGCGACGAAGAUAUAAUGUCCAAGGAUCUUAGACAACGUCUUCAAGACGAAGCAUCUUUGUACAGAAAACGCUUGGACACUUACAAGCAAGCCCAACAGAAUCAAGCAGCACUCGUCAGUAGAUUGCAAGCCAAGGUACUACAAUAUAAAAAAAGAUGCGCCGACUUGGAAGCUCAAAUGUCUCAAAAUCCAGUAUAUGCAGACCAAUCAGUUUAUCCAGUAUCAACACACGUCCCAAGUUCUGCAGUGGAACAAGCUCAACAACAUUUACGGGAAGUGCGGGAAGAAAGGAUAAACGAUUUAGAUACAGCUCUACAACGUCUGCAAGAAGAACGCAGAAAAUCAGACAGAUUAAUGCAGCUCAACAUAUCGCUUAGAGAACAACUUGAAGAAUCUCAUAAUACGAAUGAGGCCUUGACUGCUGAUUUACAAAAACUAACUAAUGAUUGGGAAAACCUUCGAGAAGAAAUGUUGCUUAAAGAGGACGAAUGGAAAGAUGAAGAACAAGCUUUUAAUGAUUAUUAUAGCACAGAACACAACAGGUUAUUAAAUCUUUGGAAAGACGUAGUUGGUAUAAAAAGACUGUACAACGAAAUACAAACUAACACUGAAAGAGACAUCACGAAAAUUAAAUACGACGUUACUAGUAUAGGAAAAGAAAUGGUAAUGGCAUGCAGCAGAAUGGAUACAAAUUUGUUAACUGAAAAUAUAUUUGGAGGCAAGGAAAAACAUCAGUUGGAACAAGAAGCAGACGACUUGAAAUCUGAACUUCAAGCUUUGAAACUGCAGAUGGAAACUAAAAACAACGAAAUCCUGACGAAAGAUGACAAAAUUCAACAGUUGAAUAGAGAUUUAAACUUAUUGAAAGACAGAUGCGUAGAGGCCGAACACAAUUCUAGUCAAAUAAUGAAAAUGCAAGAAGAAAUCGACAUUCUUCAAGGAGCACUCAGGGAUAUCGCUCACGCUCUAAUACAAGACGCAGAAAAUAAAGAUAUGGAAUUGUUACAAUCGACACAUCUACAUCUCAGUACUGGCACUCCUCUACCUCAAAAAUCGCCGAAAAGAUCGGCUCGCAGUAUGACUUCUCCGGCAGCUUUUGCCGAGAGUACGAUUUCAGCUGUGCAAGCCGCUCUUCACAAGUACCAGUCAUUUAUUCAUGAACUACAGGUGAAACUCCAAUCGAAUAAGGAGCAACUUUUGUUAGUUCGUAAGCAAUACGAAAAUUCAGAGAACAACGUGGCAUCUUUAGAGAACCGUCUAAAAGACGUGGUGUCCCAAUUGGACGCCAGCCACGCUCAAUGUUCCCAACUGGCUCAAGACCGAGACCUGAUACAAAAAAAUCUCGAUGCUGUAAAAUCGGAAAAGAACCAAUUAGACAGAAAUCGAAUAGAAUGUAAUGUUCUCGUUGAAUCACUUCAUCAAGAUUACGACAGGCUGCAAAAAGCUAAUAACAAAUUACAAAAAGAAGUUGAUACGCUACAAGAUGAGAAGAUGUUUUUACAGACUGAGAUAGAUAGAUUGAAUCAGGAAGCUGAUAUAAGAGAGAUAAAUUUAAGAGGGGAAGAAGAUAGGUGCAGUAGAAUGCGCGAAGAAUUGCUAACCGUUAGAGAGGAAUUAAAUAAGUUGUAUUUAACACACGAUAUGCUGGAAGCUCAAAAAUUGGAAGCUGAUAAUCUUGUAGCUAACCUAGAAAAAUCGAAAGCCGAAUAUGAAAUGCAGCUCGAGAAAGUCUUGGGUGAAAGAACCGACGUUCAUGAUUCUUUAAUAAAGAAAGAAACCAUAGCAACAAAUCUUGAGCUAGAUAAGAAAAAACUUUUAGAAGACGUGAGAAAGCUAGAAGAAGAGAAGAAGACACUACAGCAUCAAUGUAAUGAUCAUCAAAGCGAUAUCCAAUCGCUUAGGAAAGAAUUGUUACAAGCUGAACAACAAAAAUUAGAUUUAGAAUCGGAUAAAGUGUCGAUAUCUGAAAAAUGUAAAUUUUUGGAAAUCGAAAAGGAAAAAAUUGAAAUGGAGUUGAAUCAAGUGACGAGAGAAAGGAAUGAACUGAGUAAUCAACUUAGUGUACUUGGGAGGAAGAGAGAUACACUUAAUGAGGAACUGGUUCGAUGUAGACAAAGAUUGGAACAAGCUAAUGAAACGAACGCUAGAGUCAACAGAACAUUGGAAGAUUUGGUUAAAGAAUGUGAAGAAAAACAGUGCACAAUUGAAGCGAUGGAGAAAGAAAUGAGUAGAACUCUAGAAUUGCUCGCAACAGCAAGAACCGAAAAGGAAACGUUAGAAGCCGUCCUCUUCGAUACUCAAACCAAUUUAGAAGCGUCCGAAGAUAAGAAAAAUCAGUUAGAAAAAGAUCAACAAGAUUUACUGAUACAAAAAGAAAAAUUGAAAGCCCAAGUCGCCAAACUAACCAAAGAUGUCGAAAGAUCAGAAAAGAAAUUUAUAGAGUUGAAGACCAGUAUGACGCACGCAGCGGGGAAUAAAGAAAUAGAAUUUAAACAAACUUUGGAUAAAUUGAAAGAACAAAACGAAGAUACGGUGAAAAAAUUGACGGAAGAAAGAGAGAAAAUAAGAACGUCGUUGGAAAAUAGGAUGCAGCAGUCGUUACACAAUCUGGCCAGCGAAAAAGACGCCGAGAUACAACAAUUGGUGGAAAGGUUGGAAAAUCUACAAAGUCAUGUGGAAAACUUGUGCCAACAACACGAAGAGUUAAUGUUGCGAGCGGAGAAUGAUAAACAACAGGCUUUGUUAAUUGCUCAUCACGAUCAUCAAGCCUUACACGACAGACUCGAAGCUACGAGAAGGGAACUGGAAGAUGAACGCGACUCGUCCGAACGCCUAAAAAGGGAAGCUAACAGCCGUUUCGAACAAGACCGAACUAAUAUAAACAAACUAAAAGAAGAACUAAGUAAGUACAAGAAUAAAUUAGAAGAAGCCAAAGCUAGGACCGAAGAAGAAAUUAAUAAAUUAGAACAAAGAAUCGAAGAGAUCAGAACGGAGAGAGAUAGUUAUCAGAGUGAAGCGGAAAACUAUAAGAUUCAGUUACAAUUGUGUGAAAACAAAUCGGAAAGCAUCAGUAACCAAUUACAUGAAACUAUCAGGAAGCUUAAAGAAGUUGAAAAUAAUUCGGAAUCGCUGAGAAAAGAAUUAACCGACGUCAGAAGAUUAUUAGCAGACGGUAAUUUCGAAAAAGAAAAAUAUCAUAAUACGAAUAGAGAACUGCGAGAUCACAUCAAAAAAACGGAGAGUGAAAAAAGAGAACAAGCCAGGCAGCUCGAGGAUGCUUAUAAGAACAUUGCAAAUUUGGAAGAUAUUAAAUUGGGUUUAGAAAACGAGAGAAACCGCUUACAGAACCAGAUAAGAAAUCUGGAGACUGAACAGCUACAAAUCGAACAUAAGGUCCAGGGACUUCAGGAGGAGCUGCAACGUUGCCAAGCGUCAAACAGUCAGCAACAAACAGAAGAAAAAGAGUUGCAAGCCAGGUUGUUGAAUGAAGUCGAAGAAAGAGAGAGGGCGCACCAAGAAGUACAUCAAUGUAGAAAACAAAUUUCAGAAUUAGAAAGGAGUUUAGAACACACGCGUCUUGAAUUGAAUAAAACGAGAUCACAUAGUAGUCAGUUGGAAGAACAAUGGCACGCUAGAGAACAGGAUCUUUUAGUGCAUUUGGAAGACAGUAAAUCGAAGGAAAAACGAUUAGAAGAUCAAAAACAUAAUUUAGAAGUUUGUUUGGUAGAUGCUACUCAACAAAUUCAAGAAUUGAAGGCUAAAUUAGGCGGUGCCGAAGGUAGAGUUAGGUCAUUGGAAAAUCAGCUUGUUCAUUUGGAUUCAGCAAAAAGAGAUGUCGAACAGAAACUGAGUAGUAUUAUAUCUACACUUCGAAGAAUAGCUGGUAUACAGUUAGAUGGAUCCGUUAAUAUACCUUACAGGCUUUUGAGUCCGUCGAGAAGAUGGAGCCCGGCUAGAUCAUACGAUGAUGGUAGAGACGGAACAAUUGAUAUUGAUCCUGAAGUAGUUCGAAAAGGAGUGAGAAAUUUAAUGCAACAAGUAGCGCAAAUUGAACGAGAAAGAGAUGACUACAAGACACAAGUACAAAUCACUAAAAAGCAACUUCAAGAAGCUCAGGAAGGCAUGAGUAAAGGCGAUAACAAAUUAACUAAAGUAUUACAAAGUGUUCGAGCUUUGCAAGAAGAAAAAAGUAGUUUAGAAGCCAAAUUGGGACAAAAAAAUACCGAACUUCAAUCGCAGAAUCAAGCUCUUCAAAAGAAGUCCGAAGAAGCUAAAGCGAUGCGAGAGAAAUUAGUCAACUUAGAACUUAGUCUGAGAAGUGGCAAUGAACAAAAAUUACAAUAUGAGGAUAAAAUAGAAAAAAUGAAAGCUGCAUUAGAUAGACUAGAAGCAGAAAAACGAGGACUACAAGAAGAAUUGAAUAGAACAGAAAAUAGAUCAACUAAAUUGGAACUACAAAGAAUGUCCGCAGAAGGAGAUCUACAAAGGUUACAAAUGAUGUUACAAGAAAAGGAUACAAAUAUUCAGAAACUUCAAGAGAAAUGUGAUCGUCAAAGUCGUACAAUCGCUAGUUUAGAAGAAAGAUGCGUUUCACUAAAAUCAACGAUUGAUCAAAUGACUUUAUCGUUAGAGAAAGUUUCAGUUAGUGAAUCAGAAUUAAAAUCUGAACUUCAAAGUUUACAGAAAGCUUUAAUGGAAGCUACUUCGGCGUCGCAAGCCGGUGCUGAACGACUGAAACAGUUGCAAAAACAACUGGCCAACAGUGAAAACGAACGUCGGGUAAUCACAGAACGUUUUGAAUCUAUUCAACAAAACCUGGCGGAGAUGCGUAGAAACAACCAAGUUUUACAAGAUCAAGUAUCCAGAUUAAAUAACGAAUUAGCUAAUAACGAGGUCCAAAGAUCUGGAUUAGAAUCUCAGUUGAGGCUCGCUCAAUGGCCCACAGAAACCGGAGUGUGUUCUCAUCACGAAGAAGAAUUAAAAAAUCAGUUGCAUGCAUUACAAAGGGAGAGGAACGAUCUGAGAACUAAAAUUGAAUCACUCAAUAAUAAGGUUCGACAACUGGAGACCGAGAAUCGUUCUUUAGAAAGACAAGCUACGAAAGGAGCAACAACCAUACGCAGUAAAUCUUAUGAGCGAGAUCGACCCGAAAAGUACGAAUCAGAAUCGAUGGUAAGUGAAAAUAGAGAUCUGAGACUCAGAAUAUCACAACUGGAAGCCGAGCUAUCGGAAAAAGAAGCAGAAAUUAAUCGAUUGAGGAAUCAAAGACAAACUACUUUAGAUUCUAAAUUCGAUAGAGCCGAAAUUGAGAGAUAUAGAGCGGCACAACUUCAAGCAGAAAGACUUUUAGAAGCCAGAGAACAGAGUCAUCGACAACAAGUUGCUAGACUAGAAAAUCAGAUAACUCUUCUACGCGAUCAACUCAAUCAAGAAAUCAAACGACGACAACAGUACGUCAUGAGAAGCAGCAAAGCGGGUAGGGAAAUGCAACAAUUGCGGCAGGCUUUAGGGGAUUCUUUGCGAACGGUGUCGCAAGAUCCUUCUCUCGACGCUCUUCUAUUAGAGCACGAGGCGAGAAAAUUAGAUAACACUUUAUCGAACACUGCCAGUCUGCCUCCAGCAUUAGGUUUACCGUCUUCCUCGUAUAGAAGGUCGACUACACCACAACCAAAGUAGGGAAUAAAGUAGGUUUAUAGAGAUUGGUAAAAUUUUGAUUAGUCAUUUACAUAAUUAAUUUAAUAAUUAUUAAAUAAACCUAAUUGUUAAUUAACAAGUAGCGGUAUCACUGCACGAAGAAAGAAAGAAAAAUAAUUGGGGUAUUUGCCAGUGGUGCAAAAUAAAUUUAUACUUGUGGUGUAUCUUCUGGGAUCAUGGGACUCUCAAAAAUGAAUUACUGGGACAACCUUCAGAGGCUGAGACAGACAAAGACUCUGCUGGGGUACUAUAUCUGCUGAAGAACAACCUACGAAUACUAACAGGUAUCCUAUCAGGGCAUUGUCACCUCAAUGGACACCUAAAGACAGUAGACUAAGCAGAUAACGCAGUGUGCAAAUGAAACCUCUAUCAACAUUCUCUCGAAGUAUGAGACACUACGUAACUCCCGAGCACUACACCUGGAAGCGUAUGAGAAAUAGAUUAUGAAGAUAUCUGGCAGCUACAGCCAUUCCACAUUCUGAACUUUCUAAGAGAAAUGGGAUUACCAAAUCAGAAAAGGGAAUACGGGACACACAUGCUAAAAACAUAUAGCAAUUUAUAACUACAUCAAAAUGAUCAAUUGAAGUUAUUGUCGAUAAAGUCCCCUGGUUAUCUUCGAGCAAGUUGUAACCACUUUGUUCGUUCCCUUAUUGCUGUAAGCACGUGAAUUAUGGAGGGUAGAGAGAAGGAUGAGUAUCUCAUAUGAAAGAAAACUUGAAAAAGUAUAUACAAUAAAUAAAAAUUCAAAAACCUUCAAGAAUGGCGCUCGUCUAUCAGUUGUAGAUAAAUUGAAGUAUGCAGACUUGGAAAAUUCAAUAUAAUAGUUCAUUAUUGAAGAUUUCAAUAACUUCAAUAACAAAAGUGUGAUUUGUCUAGGUCGCAAUUAAUAUUUGGCGCUUCCUCUGAUGCUAAUAUGGUGCUACCCAUUUUGACUGAUACUCUUCACAUAUAUAGUUCUCCUUCUCACUACCAUCGUUAUCGCGAAUAAAUAGUUUUUCAGGUGAUUUUACAAAGUAUUAGUACGCUGAGGCACUAAACACCACCUUAAAAGACAUUUUAUAACAGAAAAACUUAUAAACACUAAACAAUGACGUCAACUGCUUAUAAGCUUACUAUGUACUGACGUCAGCUCACUGCCAUAUUGGUAAUGACCAUUUCAGCGGGAAGUUCAAACCGAAAAUUGAAAAAACUUGAUUUGAAAUCUAAUGAUAAUAUAAAGAAACCUCUAUAUAUACUCGAAAUGACUAACUGCUCCGAACCGGAUGAAGAAUUUGUUAUAUUGGUGUUUUAUUGGAUUUGUUUGAAAAAAAAAAUUACUUCAACAUGAUUCACAGUGACCCACCGUUGAUAAAUAACGGUAUGAAAGUUGGAAUGUGAUAUCAGAUCUUGAAUGAUUUUAUUUAUAUUGAUAUUAACUUAUCACAAAAUUCCUUCAACAUACAAUAGUAAUUUUUUUACUCGUGAAUCUCGACAUUUUUUCGAUGCUCUUGGUUGUGAGUCAAUUUAAAACUGUGCCUCGGCGUAUUUAUCGUGUCUCACAUGCUCUAUACGCGCUUCACUUUGCGCUUUGCAUGAUAUUCAAUACUUUGAAAUCAAAUUCGUCAAGAUGAACGUUUAAAUUUGACGAAAUUCAGACUCAAUACAACAAGAAAAGUUUCAUAUUUCGAGGUUAUAUUUUUGACGUCACUACGUGCUCUAAUUGUUUUGUUAACUUUACAGUGUCAGCUCAAUAUUUUUGUAUUUUCUCGUUACAUUUUUUUGUUUAUACAAACUUUAAAUUAUGUAUUGUAACUUUUAAAUAAUUAAGUUGAGGCAAUUUUAUGUUUUAUUUAUUAAUAAGCAUGUACUGAUGUUUCAUUAGUACAAAUUAUAUGUCUUCAGGAACAUAACCUAGCGAUACAGCAGUCCCUAAAUUAGUUAGUUCUCAUUGUAAUAAAGAUAAAAGCAAUGGAAGUUUAUGCAACUUUGCAAUUAAAUUUUGACGUUUUUGUGAAAUUUAAUGAACUCUCAUUAUUUUGGAAAAACCAAUCUGUUUUUCCUGAAUACUCCACUAAUAUUUCAUAAUAAUUUACUUUGAAAUAAUAAUAACUUUGUCGUAAUGACGAAUUUUAAAUUGUACCAUCUCUAUAGGAAUGAAUUUUUCUUUAUACAUUUGUAUUUAAAUUAUUUUCAGUUUUACUCAGUUUCGUGUGAUUUCUCAAUAAUUAAGUAGAAGUGCACCAAAGACUAUUUAUUUCAUUCAGCCUUAUUUAUUUGAUUCUCAUUUAUUACCAUCAGCAGCAUUUAUUAUCAUCACUCUUUUCACUGCCAUUUUAUAUAGUCCUACUUUUAUUCAAAUAAAUAAAAUAAUAUUAAUGGUAAAUAUCAUUGUCAUUACCAUUUCACUUAGUUGAUUGUGUUAAAGUAUGUAAUUUCAUUUUAUAUUUUACAAGUAUACUUAUUGUACUCCGUCCAUUUUUUAUAAAUUAGUCUAGAUAAAUUAUUGUGCUUCAAAUAAAUAAUUUGAAAAAAA